AUGGUACUUUUCAUUCUUAUCCUUUUUGCCAGCAUUCAACGGCUUGUCGUUGCAACAUGUGACGCUGCGAAUGUUGCGAGGUGGAGUCCUAACCCGGGCGACACUUUUGACAGCGUCCUUCGCCCGCUAGGGAUUGACGCAGCCGCAUUUCGGGAUCUAAACGAGAUGACGGAUGGGAUCAAUCGAAUCGAUUAUGUAUCUACUUACUGCGUUCCCUAUAUCUCAUCGCUCUCAACGAAUUAUUACACUACGUCUGGAUCUCGUUUCUUCUCUCUGCCGACUUCUCCGUCCGGCAAAACCUCAACAGAUCCAAGUCGCCCACAAUCCAUGCCAACAACAGGGGCACUAAUGAGGAGCACUCUGACUGGUAGUGCUCCCUGUGAUACAAACCAAGCACAGAUAUCCCCCAUCACAAACCUGCCUCAAACAUUUGAUUCAACGUCAGCAAGAACGCAGAAUGCCCCGUCAACAAGCACGCCGAGCACGACGUCGAAUCACGAAGCCACACCUACUCUAGAGCUAUCCAAGCGAAGAUGCUGCGCGCAGAAAGUUCGAGAUUCAGGCAUUAUCGAUGACUUCAAAGCACAAGCUAAAGACUUUUGCAAUGAGCACGGUAUCUCUAACUAUUAUUCCGGACCAAAGUCUAAGAAUAGUACCGGAGAUAUAGAAAUGAAAGUCGCAGGGGAGGAAUUUGUCUUUUCUCUUAGCUGGGUUGCUCAAUGCGUUGAUUUUCAGGUGCAAAACGGUCUUCAGCCCGAUAUGCACAACAAAGACAUCACGUGUGAGUCGCUGAUGACGCAGAACAUGAUGGAUUGUGGGGAAAAGACGACAUCUAAUGGAGGUUAUAUUGAUGUUGGCUGCCUUCGGUUCUCAUCUAGAGCCAAAGGGUGGGCGUUAGAUGGUAUAGAACAAGGACAGGUUACAAGAUGA